AUGGAUUCAACGAAUGGAGAACAAGACAUCAUGCGGAUAUGGUCCCUCCUCACGGAGGUCUCUGAACAGCUUACCCAGAACCGCUCAGUGUCUAUCUCUAUUCAUAACCUCACGAGUGGUGUGAAGAGUCAAUCUGUCCACUCGCAGACGGGCUUUGUUCUGAGACGAUUCAACUUAGACCAGCCAAAAGCAGAAGUCUACGAGGCAGAGCUCGAGCGCAUGAACACUGCGAUGACCGCAGAUAACCAGACAUUACAGAACGACAACAGGCAGCUGAACGCCCUAAUACGGGAGUAUGAACAAACUUUGGAGAAUGUCAUGAGUCAAUUCCGUGCCCGCGCAUACGAAGUGCAGCAGCGUGAGCUUGCACUUCUACGCGAAUACGAGAGUGCGAUCGUACAACGCGAAACGGAAGCCCUCGACGCCGCCCUAUCGGCGAACAACUCACGCUCCGAGAGCCUAGCACGGCUUGGCCGGCUGCUGCGUGCCCUCAUGAAAAAAUUCAACGGCGAAGACGUCUCUUCAUGCGAGGCCGCAAUGGCAGUAGAUGCACCAUCUGGGCCGGUUGCGUCGACAUCUCAUAUACCUCCACCCCCUUCCUUGGGACCUCAACCGGGCGAAGGCCCGACUGAUGACGGUAAACUGCACAGGAGGAUCAUCGCCACAGAGUGGGCUCUCGAACGCGAGAGUGAGCUCGCGCGCCUGGAACGGGAGAACGAGGAGCUGCGGAUACUCCUGCGAGGCGUCCUGAACGCUGAGACAGUUCCUAUGCCCGCCGCGCCAUUAGCGCGGAGGCCAGGCCAGGAGUUGGCUGAGAUAAAUGAGGAUGGUAGAGCGUCACCAGCGCUGUCGGUUGCUUCUUCGACGGCAACAGUGAGACCUGGUGGGAGGAAGCUGGGCGGCCCGCCGGGGACUGUGGGUCCGUUCGGCUCGUAUAAGAUGAGGACGCAGUUGAACGGCCAAUGA